AUGGGGCAAAUGAUUCCAGACCUCGCCGCCACCAGCAGGGCAUCGACCACCAAGAUCAAGCCAAACGGUAUCCCCAACGGCAUAAACACCGCCGGCAAGAAGUGCCAACACGACCCAACCUUCACCCAAAAGGUCAUCGCCGCCACCGGCCCCAACGCCAACCCCAGACUCGCCCAGAUAUUCCCAAGUCUAGUCCGCCACCUCCACGACUUUGCCCGCGAAGUCAAUCUCACAGUAGGAGAAUGGAGCGCCGCCGUCGACUUCCUGAACGACUGCGGCAAAAUGUCCUCCGACCGCCGCAACGAAACCCAACUCCUCUGCGACAUCCUCGGCCUAGAAUCCCUCGUCGACGAGAUCACCAGCAAACAGCUCGCCACAUCCACCACCCAAACCCCCUCCGCCAUCCUCGGCCCCUUCUACCGCAGCGACGCCCCCUUCCUCCCAAACGGCACCUCCAUCGUCCAGGGCCUUUCCCCUUCGGUUUCGUGGUACGAGAAAGCCCUAGAGGACUCGGCCUUUUUAUCCGGCAAGGUCCUCUCCACAGACGGCAAGCCGAUCGAAAACGCCGUCGUAGACGUCUGGCACACUGCGCCGAACGGGCUGUACGAGCAGCAGGAUUCUGACCAGCCAGAGAUGAAUUUCCGCGGGAGGUUCAGGACUGACCAGCAGGGGAGGUACGCGCUGUACGCGCUGAGACCGGUGCCGUAUCCCAUCCCGGAUGACGGGCCGGCCGGGAGGUUGCUCGGGUUGUUGGAUCGGCACCCGAACCGGCCGGGACAUAUCCACUUCAUUGUUAGCGCCGAGGGGCAUAGGACUUUGACGACGCAGUUGUAUGACAGCCGGGAUCGGUGGGUGGAUGAUGAUGCUGUUUUUGCUGUCAAGGAUGAGUUGGUUGUCAGGUUUGAGCCGAGGGAGGGGGAUCCGGGGGCGAGGUGGGAGUUGGGGUACGAUUUUAUUCUGGGGAGGUGUUGA